UAGGGAGCGGGCAGAAGAUGGACAGUUGUUGUUUUUUUUUUUUCUUUUUCUAUAAAAUAUUUUCGUUCUGUACCUAGACAGCGUUUUCAUUAACGCAAGACACGCAUGGACCAUGACGGAGAUUGUAUUAUUCCAUCUUUUCCGCACCAUGUGAUAAAAUGUUGGCAGUCUGGCCUUUUCUUUUUCUCAGGGCUCAUGUCUCUCAGCUCUCCUCCACAGAGCCGCGGGACCGAUGACAUGAAGACCGCAGUCGGUGUGGAUUAAGCGUGUCUGCAAGGCCCUGAUCGGACUCAGCUCUCUUGGAUUGCUUCGCUUCCCCCCCCCUCCCCCGAUGGAUCGUCAGCUUUUGUGAUGUGAAAUGAAAUGAAAUGAAAUGAUGGCGACACGUGGGACGGAUCCUCCGGACGGAGGCGACGCGGAGACACGGUCGGCUGCGUCCGCGGCUCGCGAGGCCAAGCGGAAGGACGUGUCAGAGCAGAGCGGCAUUCCAUCUCCCGGAGAAGAGGAACCUUUCUCGUGGCCUGGGCCCAAGACGCUGCGGCUGCGUCGCACCUCACAGGGGUUUGGCUUCACUUUGCGCCACUUCAUUGUUUACCCACCUGAGUCGGCUGUGCACUCUUCCCUCAAGGAUGAAGACAACGGUAGCCGAGGGAGACAGCGAACCCGCCUGGAGCCCAUGGAUACCAUUUUUGUCAAGCAGGUGAAGGAGGGAGGCCCUGCCCACGGAGCUGGACUCUGCACAGGGGACCGGAUAGUGAAAGUCAAUGGGGAAAGCAUUAUUGGAAAAACAUAUUCCCAAGUGAUAGCCUUGAUCCAGAACAGCGACACCACUCUUGAACUCUGCGUGAUGCCAAAAGAUGAAGACAUACUACAGCUGUUUUCAAGGGAUAUCACAGCUCUGGCAUACUCCCAAGAUGCAUACCUUAAAGGAAACGAGGCCUACAGUGGAAACGCUCGGAACAUCCCAGAACCGCCACCCAUAUGCUACCCUCGAAUAGACUGUAAGUCCCCAGGGAUGGCACAAUCUCCUGACCCAUCCCCGACGGAGGAGGCAUUGAAGAGUCCUAGACUGGGGGGCCGAGGGGUCUGGCCAGCAGGUUCUGUAGGGAGCCCACCUGACCUCAACUACCGAGUGGAGAUCCCCGUGCCCCCGUCACCACUACAGACGCCAAAAGCGCAGACCGUUGUGUCUGUGUGCAACGAGAGUGUCCGGACAGUCGCGGUUCUCUCAGAUGCCAGUGCAAACCGGACAGGUCCAAGCCACAGAACCGAGGAGAACCGGUACAACAUCAAGGCAAUGCCAACAGGAGGCCAACCACAACACACUGCUGCCUAUCCAUCAGAAUCUUCCACGUUCUCCACGGUGAGCCAGCCUGGAAAUUACACAGGCUGUUCCGAUGGACAUGCCGUGUCUGCCAGAUCCCCCGUCCCAGGGGCAGGUGACCCGUUCCCAGCUGAACCCAGUCUUUACCCUCCCUCCUCUUCAGCUGCAUCCACUUCCCCUGUCGCUCACCAAAACAUUGACUGGCGCAACUACACCACCUACAAAGAGUACAUUGACAACAAGCGACUGCACAUGUAUGGCUGCCGGACCAUCCAGGAGCGACUGGACAGCCUGCGGGCUGCCUCCCAGAAUUCAGCCGAGUACAAACCUCGGGGGUCUGCAGGUAUAUUGCAGGCUCGCCGGAGGAGCACUUCCCACGACCGGGCACACCAGGGUCCUAGUACAGCACCCCCACGAAGUGCCUCGCAGGAGCGCCUGGGGACUACUGAGCACACUGUCAUUGCCAAGGACUGGCCUCGCAGUGCCUCACAGGACGCACUUUCCUCGGCCCCCUCAGGGGUCUUUAAGCCCCGGGCACGUUCCUGUGACUACCUGGGCAGGCUGGGGGACAAGUCGGGAUACAGCAGGGUGGAGAUGGAAGACAGGUCCCUGACUUUCCGUGACAGCUCCCCAGGCAGCAGGCAGUCCCUUCCAGCCUGGUCCCUUGGUCAGGCCAACCGAACUCCAACUGCAUAUGGCUCAGACAGCCGCUUGGGUGUAGGAAGCUUCCGGAGUAUGCCCAUUGCCUCAUCAUUCACUUCCAAGGGAGAAGGACUGGUGAACAUUAGCAGGCCUUCACGUCUGCCAGUGAGAAACUCUGUAGCUGAGCCCGCCUUUCCGGCAGCGUCAGCGUCUGUGUCUGUUCAGGGCCCUGUUAGUACUGAUCCAGUGAAGGGUCAACAGGGGGUGCUUGCCACCCAUUUAGCUGAAGCCGUGCAGCACCUGCGUCUCCAGUCAAGGGCACGCGCUGAGAGUCUGCAGGAGCCAGCCAAAGAACAGCCUUCUACUGCUAGGACCACUUCCUGUUCAGGGCCCACUAGGAUCUCCGUGCUGAAGCAGGAAGGUGCCAAUUCCACAACCGCCAGCAAUGGACAGGUUCUUGCACCACCUAAUGCUGUUGUUCUGCGGGAAAAGCUGACAACGAUGAGGCCAGCGCUCCGGCACCCUUCUUACAUCCUGGCAGUGACCGACUUGGACAGAGAUCCCACGCCCAGCACCACCUGCUGGCUGCCCAAUGAUGCACGUCGGGAGAUCCACAUGAAGCGACUGGAUGAGCAGCAUAAAGGCUCCUUUUCCAGCAACCUGGACGAAUCCCUGGAUUCCAUUCCCUUCAUAGAUGAGCCCUCCAGCCCAAGCGCCGACCAUGAUGCUGUGCACAUUCCAGCCUCUGCAGUCAUAUCCAUCACACCAGUCAUAACAACGAUUCCGCCCAGCCCCACUUCCCCGACUCCCCAUAUUCGACGCCAGCUGUCACAUGACCAAGAUUCCCUUCGUCUCACAAUCUUGGAGUCAGAGUCUGAUGCCAAAACUGAGCGCUCCAAGUCCUACGAUGAAGGACUAGACAAUUAUAGAGAAGAAGGAAAAGGUGGGCCAUCCAUUAAGCACAUACCUGGUCUCAGGAGCCUGCGGAAGCUGACAGACAGGUCUUCAGAAGAUUCUGGAUCAAGAAGAGAUUCUUCCUCUGAAGUCUUCAGCGAUGCCACCAAGGAAGGUCUUCUGUACUUCAGGCAGCUCAGCACUGAGAAGGGCAAGCGUGUCAGUGGGGGCAUUCGACCCUGGAAACAGAUGUAUGCCGUGCUACGGGGAGAUACCCUCUGUCUCUACAAAGACAAGAAGGAGGGCCUGGCCCAUGUUUCCUCACAGUCCGAGGAUGAACUGCAGCCAAUCAGCAUAAAGGCUUGCCUGAUUGACAUCUCCUAUAGCGACACCAAGCGCAAGAAUGUACUUCGACUCACCACCUCAGACUGCGAGUACCUGUUUCAGGCUGAGGACCGGGAGGAUAUGCUUUCCUGGAUCCGCGUCAUCCAGGAGAACAGCAACCUGGAUGAAGAGGAUGCAGCUGUUACCAGCCGGGACCUAAUAAGCAGGAAGAUAAAGGAGUACAACAACUUGAUGAGCCCCACUGGCAGUAAGACAGAGCCAUCACCCAAGCCCUCACGCCAGUCCCUUAGACCAAAUUUCCUGGGCGGCAAAGGGGAGAACAAGAGCUCGAGCCCACACUCACCAAAGGACAGUGAGAGGAAAGCAUUACACAAAGAUGACAGCAGUCCCCCUAAGGAAAAGGGGCCCCGGCGGAAGGGUAUCCCAGGUCUCAUCAGGAAGCCCUUUGAGAAGAAGCCUCCUGCAGGAGUCACCUUCGGGGUUCGACUGGAUGACUGCCCACCUGCCCACACCAACAAGUUUGUGCCCCUCAUCGUGGAGCUGUGCUGCAAGCUCGUGGAGGAGCGAGGGCUCGAGUACACGGGUAUCUACCGUGUGCCCGGCAAUAACGCCGCCAUCUCAAGCAUGCAGGAUGAGCUGAACAACAAGGGCCUGGUGGACAUCGACAUUCAGGAUGAUAAAUGGAAAGACCUGAAUGUGAUAAGCAGCUUGCUGAAGUCUUUCUUCCGGAAACUUCCAGAACCUUUGUUUACUAAUGAAAAAUAUGGAGAUUUUAUUGAAGCCAACAGGAUUGAAGAUGCAGUUGAGAGGCUGAAGAUACUGAAGAAGCUGCUCCGUGAGCUGCCAAGUCACCACUAUGAAACUCUGAAGUUCCUCUCGGCACAUCUCAAAACGGUGGCGGAGAACUCGGAGAAAAACAAGAUGGAGCCACGGAACCUGGCCAUCGUGUUCGGUCCAACGCUGGUCAGAACCUCUGAGGACAAUAUGACCCACAUGGUCACACACAUGCCUGACCAGUACAAAAUUGUCGAGACCCUCAUUCAGCAUUACGACUGGUUUUUCACUGACAACGGAAAUGAAGAACCAAUGACAGCGGUCCAGCAGGAGAGCACGGUUGAGUCUCAGCCUGUGCCAAACAUUGACCACCUGCUCACCAACAUUGGGCGGACGGGCACCUCCCCAGGAGACGUAUCAGAUUCGGCCACUAGUGACUCUGCCAAAUCUAAGCAGGGUUCCUGGGGGUCCGGGAAGGAUCAGUACAGCAGAGAUCUGCUGGUCUCCUCCAUCUUUGCUGCAGCCAGCCGCAAACGAAAGACGCCCAGGGAGAAGCUGCAGCCUAGCAGCUCGGACGACGAUCUUGACAGUGUGUUUGUGAAGAAUGAGCUCCGGGCACAGAGCCACAACACGGGCGACCUGAAGAGUAAGAAGGAGGCCAGUGCGCAGGAAGCUCAAGAGUCAGAGAAGGGAAGUGUGGAUAGCACAGAGUUCACUACCAAGAGUAAGAAGGAAGGUCACAGAAACUCCUUUUUUGUGAGAGAGAAGAUGCCCCAUGCAGAGCCCUCACCUUCACCAAGCCUGAGCGUAUGCCUGCCCGCAGGAGGAAAGUCCUCGCUUUCGGACCCGUCCUCCCAUUUAGACGAGGCAGCAUCCGACCUGGGCACCAUGAGUUCCCAGGCCUCAGGGCCAAGUACGCGGCACAGGAAGUCAGUGGGGCCCGAGGGGCGGAGUGACGAGGUGGCAGCCGCAGAAGUAAGCUCCAUCACCUCGGACUACUCGACCACGUCCUCCAUGACCUUUCUGAUGGGGGCCGACGGCGGUAUGCUGAGCCCUGAAGCGCAAUCGGUAAGCGAGAGCCACGCAGACGAGGCGGAUGACGAGCGCAGCGAGCUGGUCAGCGAGGGCAGACAUGCUGAGACGGACAGCGAGAGCGACUUCUCUGUGUUCUCCCCUGGGGGGCUGUGCACCGCUGAGGGAAGCUCUACGCCCAAGCUGGAUGGCCGUCGCCCUCUUCCCUCCCACAAGCUCAUUGAGUGCGACUCGCUCUCCAGGAGGAGGUCACUCCGCCACAAGACGGACAGCGAGUCGUCAGAAAGUGGCCGGGCGGAACGUGAGACCAACCGGCUGUCCCGGGUACUGGAGGUCAUGAAGAAGGGCAAGUACAGCGGGGGCUCCACUGUGACUGUCCCCAAGAGUGAUGGCGAGAGGCAGGAACCGGCCUGGAAGCUUAAGAUAACAGAGAGGCUCAAGUUCCGCCUGAAGACCUCGGCAGAUGACAUGUUUGGAGGAAACUCUCCAAAGACACGUUCACCAGAGGCGCGCAGGAAGAAGAACGUCCGCCGGCGGCAUACGGUUGGGGGUCAGCGCGACUUUGCCGAGCUGGCAGUCAUUGGCAACUGGAAGGGGCAGGGUCAUGGGAGCCCGGGGGAGGAGCGUUCAGCUGUAGGCCGGUUAAAGCCCAAGUGCAGCCCACAGGACUUCUCCAUCCGGGAAUGGAUCGCUCGAGAGCGCUACCGCGACAAAGGCCCCGAUGCCAUCCCUGGGGGGGCCUCGCCCAGCGCAUCUGCGGCCCCUGAGUGUGUGGAGCAGGUGAAUGGCGGUGGUCUGCAGAACAAGAACAAGGUGACUCUGAGCCUGGCAGCAGACGCACAUCCGCACAAGCUGUCAGGUGCACAAGUUGUACGCUCCAGGUUCUAUCAGUAUCUGUAAACCUGCAAGGUGUGUGUCUGUGUACGUGCGUGUGUGUGCAUGACUGAGUUUUAUGUAUGAACAUUUAUCAAACCUCGUUUACUGCACAAUAGUUAUAUUUUUACAUACAUAUGUAGGUGUGUGUAUAAAUGCAGUGUAACAAAACUGGAUGAAAUACAUUUAUGUGUAAUCCCAUUUUAAUUGACAGGAUGACUUUUUAUUUAGUCAAACUCCAGUAAUAUGUGACACUGCAAGGGGUUUCGUUCAUAGGAAGCUGCAUUUGAUAUGAGAGACCUUUCGUCUGUGUAAACGUGGUUCAUGUGACAGGGAAAGGACUGCAGUGUGUAACAAGUGUUACAGUGAGAAUUACUGAAGUCUAACCUCCGUAACAUCAUAAGAACGGCUGUAUUUUUGGAAGCGGCGGUUCAGCUCUUCCGGCAGUAACCCUUUGAAGAAAUGUAUAUGCUCACCGUGCUCUCGACUAAAGCAAAGUUGCUUGUUGCCCGUUUUACAGUGUACAUACUUUUGUCUGUACUUGAAGUGUGUGUCUUUUGCUUUUUAGCCUGUGUAUGGGCUGUUUUCUGAGCUGCGCGCUGUGGAAACUCUUUGCAGUGCAUUUCAGCAGCCAGACCCUUUAUUAAGCAAGAAAAUAAUAAAAACAAGUUUUUAUAUUUUU